AUGGCGAACGGUGUGACGGCGAAUGCGAUGCGUGUGAGUGUCAAGGCACCCGACUUGGGUGCCUUCCCCCUUGACCAUUAUCACGAGUGCACAAACGAAAUCGAGGCCUACUAUAGGUGUCUGAAAACUAAUAACUACAUUGCACCCAUGUGUCGCGAUCAGGUGCGGACGUAUCUGCAGUGCCGCAUGGAUCGCGGAUUGAUGAAGCCGGCGGACCUCGACGGCUUUGGUAUUCCCAUGACGGAGUUUGUCCCAACUAGGCAGCAUCGAAUUGAUUUAAAGCAGCAGUGGCUGCGGCAGAAGAUGAACCAAGUGACAGCGGUGUGGGAAGAGAACUACAGGAGAGACGAUCUCCAGGUCCCGGACGGCUACGAGCGACAUAAGGGAGGGGACCGUGAUGAUGGUGGUGGUGGUGGUGUGGAUGGAAAAACAAAGGGUGAAAGGAAGAAUACAUAA